AACGUAGGGAAGGAGUCGGAGAGAGACCCAUUGCACUGUUAGAACGGCGUCUCCGGCAGCACCCAAUUGAUCCCGGAAAGGGAGUCCUGCUGAUCGGAGAGCUGAAUCGAGAUGGCCACCUCGAAUUUGGAGGCGAGCAGCACCGACGUUUCUCAGUUCAAUCACACUCCCUUUUACUGUGAGGAAAAUGUGUACUUGCUGUGUAAGAAACUCUGCGCAAAUGGGGUAGCUGAUGCUCAAGGGUCUGAUCUUUUCGUAGUUUUCAUUGCCAAUGAGAAGAAGCAGAUCCCACUAUGGCAUCAAAAGGCCAGCAACAGAGCAGAUGGUAUUAUUCUCUGGGAUUAUCAUGUGAUUUGCAUACAGAGGAAAAGAGAUGGUGACUCUCAUUUGGUUUGGGACUUGGAUUCAAGUCUUCCUUUUCCUUCUCCUUUAGCCACUUAUGUUUCUGAAACUAUCCGGCCAUCUUUUCAGCUAUUUUCCGAGUAUCAGAGGUUUUUCAGGGUUGUGCAUGCUCCAAUCUUCCUGCGUUGCUUUGCAUCUGAUCGAAGACAUAUGAGAGACUCUGCUGGGAACUGGAUUGCUGAACCUCCUGCCUAUGAAUCUAUAGUUGCUGAAGGUAAAUGCAUCAGGAAACCGUGAAACUUUAAAGAAAUCUUUGUUUAUAUAUUUACUUGACUAUUUCAGUUACAUCCUGUGAAUCUUAUUUAAACCUCUCAGGUCUUGCGUAGGAGGUUUAUCCUUUAGUUUGUACAUUUAGCUUGCUGGUUUGUGAUGGUAGCCUGUGUUACUAAGUAACCACAUUUUACUAAGCUGAGCUUUAGAUUUGGGAAGUAAUAAUAUCAAAAAUGAUGGUUGCUUCCUAUGUUGUUCAUGUUCCUAAUUGGGAAUGGCUGUUGGACAUAACAUAUAACAAUGUCCAACAAGGGUACAUUUUAGUUCUUUUUUAGCUUUUCUUUACUGCUUCUUCAAUCUUGAGCAUCAGGAAUCUCAUUGCCAUUUUUUCUAACCAGUUGGAGGAACUUUGUUCCUAUUUCUUGUCUACAUUUUGGGUUUGAUUAUACCUCAUCUCCUUUUUAUUGAUACAUUGGAAGUUGCCUGCUUGGCAUAAUGGGUGUUGACUCCAAAUCAAGGUUUUAAGUCAAUGGGUACCAACUCAGCUAAGUUCUUGUUGGUGAUUAAAGUCUCAUUUCCUUGUAUAACUGAGUGUAAUUUGUAUCUGUAAUUCACUAAUAUUGAAGAAACUUGUAGGCUAAUUUACUAACUUGCAGAUAAGGAAAAUCCAAAUCUCUGCAUCUCUUCCCUUGAGUUGUUCUGACUACCAUGU